GUUCAAGCGCCCUUCUAUCUGACCCAUCGAUAUUGCGACUGGGGCCUGCAAUUCGCGUUACGGCCCCUCGAAGUCUUACACAGAUUGAUGAUGUACAGGAAAUUGAAUGGGACUGGCCCGUCGGCGACUUGCUGCACCGGUGUUCACCAAAGAUAUCGACAGAGCAAUCCGAGUUGUACACGCUCUCGAAGCAGGUACUGCAUGGAUAAACUGCGCCAAUCAGACUGAAAUAUCGAUGCCAUUUGGAGGCUUCAAGCAGUCGGGAAUUGGUCGUGAACUGAGCGAGUAUGCUUUGGAAAACUAUACGAACGUUAAAGCUGUUCGUGUGAACAUUCAAGAUGCUCACGAUGCGAUUAGAAAACAUGGCUUGAGGCAACUUUUCUGUUUCAGAUAUUGCAUGCCUGUCGAGUGUUGUUGAAAGUUGGAGUAGGGAAACUGUACAGUAUGCACGACAUAGCCUAUCUAUGUUACACCAACAGUGAAACUGCGCUGUGGAUUGAUCUGCACGCCCCUUAAUGGUAUUCUUCUCGUGUUAUCGUACGCCUUAUCUUAUUCUAACAUCCUAUAUUCAUAAAAAUUUUACGCCAACUUCAAUAUGCAAAGAGCCAUGCGGACAUUUU